AUUUAAAGCUGGUGGUUAAGUUUAGGAGGUUUUACCUCGUCCCCGUCCCCGUCCCGUCCCGUCCCUGCUUUUCUCCGGAUCCCAACACACAAUGGGGGUUGGGAUGAUCCACCAUUGAUACCCUCAUCUACACAGAUCACCACCUCCUCCGCCUCCGCCUCCGCCUCCGCCUCCGCCUAUACCUACACGCUCCCCCAUUCGACAUGUCUCGUCCACCAAACUACGAGUUUCAGGAAUGGUGGAACAAGCAACGAGCCAAGGACCACGCCGAUGACCACUUCUCUUCCUCCAACUCCGAUAAUAUCACAUUCUUAACCGUCAAUAUCCAAAGCCCAGACUCCGCUGGCGCGGCGGCGGCGGCUGGGAAAGACCGCUCACGCAGCGCAAGGCAGUUGUCCUGGAUUUACCUCCUCAAGCUAAACCGAAUUGCUCAUUCAUUAGCUUUCGUUACCAAUGGCUUCAUUACUCUCAUCCGCACUGCGAAUCGUCGCAUAGCUACCUCAUCCGACAGCCCGCGGUCCGAGUCCAAGUUCUACAAGAUCAUCAAAUUCUUCUUGAUAUUGAGUGUUUGCCUUCUUUUCUUUGAACUUGUUGCUUACUUUAGAGGAUGGCAUUUUAGUCCUCCUACUCUGGAAGCCGGGGUGGAGGACUCGGUCGAGUAUAUCUAUGUGAAAUGGUUGGAAAUUAGGUCGAAUUAUUUAGCGCCGCUGUUGCAGUGCUUGGCGAAUGUGUGCAUUGUGUUGUUCUUGAUACAGUCUGUGGAUCGCUUCGUCUUGGUGCUGGGCUGUUUCUACAUUAAGAUUAGAGGUUUAAAACCUGUGGCGGAGAUGGAAUAUGAGCAGGAUGCUGCGUAUGAAAGCAUGAAUCCGGAUGAUUAUCCGAUGGUGCUGGUGCAGAUUCCCAUGUGCAAUGAGAGGGAGUUCUUUGAUCUUAUCAUCCCGGCUCAGGUAUACCAGCAAUCCAUCGCAGCUGCGUGCAUCCAGGAUUGGCCAAGGGAAAGAAUGCUCAUACAAAUUUUAGAUGAUUCAAAUGAUGCAGAUGUUCAAUUCCUUAUUAGGGCAGAAGUACAGAAAUGGCAACAGAGAGGUAUACACAUCAUUUAUAGACAUCGUCUUAUUCGGACGGGCUAUAAAGCAGGGAACCUUAGAUCUGCGAUGAGUUGUGAUUAUGUGAAAGAUUAUGAGUUUGUAGCCAUCUUUGAUGCGGAUUUCCAGCCAGCACCAGAUUUUCUGAAGAAUACUAUUCCUUACUUUAAGGGAAAAGAGGACCUCGCAUUGGUCCAAACCAGGUGGGCUUUUGUGAACAAGGAAGAGAAUUUGCUUACACGACUACAAAACAUAAAUCUGGCCUUUCAUUUUGAGGUUGAGCAACAGGUCAAUGGGUGGUUCAUUAACUUUUUCGGUUUUAAUGGAACUGCUGGUGUUUGGAGAAUCAAAGCCCUUGAGGACUGUGGUGGCUGGUUGGAUAGGACAACUGUUGAAGACAUGGAUAUUGCUGUUCGUGCUCACUUAUGUGGUUGGAAAUUCAUUUACUUAAAUGACGUUAAGUGCCUUUGUGAACUUCCCGAGUCCUAUGAAGCAUACAAAAAGCAGCAACACCGAUGGCAUUCAGGACCCAUGCAGUUAUUCCGCUUGUGUUUUGUUGACAUACUGCAUUCUAAGGUGAGUUUGGCCAAGAAAGCCAACCUGAUAUUUCUUUUCUUCCUCCUUCGGAAGCUUAUCCUUCCUUUUUACUCCUUCACACUGUUUUGCAUUAUUCUCCCGUUGACUAUGUUCCUGCCCGAAGCCCAGUUGCCAUUUUGGGUUGUCUGUUACAUCCCUGGAAUAGUCUCUAUACUGAACAUCCUUCCAUGCCCACAAUCAUUUCCAUUCAUUGUGCCCUAUCUUCUAUUCGAAAACACCAUGUCUGUGACCAAAUUUAAUGCAAUGAUAUCAGGGCUCUUUCAGUUGGGAAGUUCUUAUGAGUGGAUUGUCACAAAAAAACUGGGCAGAUCAUCAGAAGCAGAUUUAGUUGCGAUUGUUGAAAACGAAUCCUCAACUCUGUUGGAGGGUGGAGUGCCAAAGUCAUCCUCAGAAUCAGGACUAGCUGAGCUAAACAAGUUAGAGAUAACAAAGAAAUCUGGGAGAAAAAAGGGAAAUCGUUUGUACAGGAAGGAGCUUGGUCUUUCAUUUAUUUUGUUAACUGCUUCAGUCAGAAGUUUGCUAUCUGCCCAAGGGAUUCACUUCUAUUUCCUCCUAUUUCAAGGAAUCACUUUUCUUGUCGUUGGUCUUGAUUUGAUUGGAGAACAAGUGAGCUAACUCAAUAAAAAGUAUCCUCUGUGUGGAUUGUGCCAUUAACAGUAAGUUAAGUUCCUCGGAGUCGGGUGCAUUUUACCUGAUCGUUCGAUUGCAUCGUGAAGAUCCGACGAUUCAAAUGUUCAUCACAAGAUAGUUAGCAUGAGCAUGAUGCAGAUUGGCCUUGCCCUGGUGAAAAGCCAUCAUGAAAAUAGUAUACAAUGGCAGGAUAACUGGAUUUUUAUCUUACUGUUAGUUUAAUGUAAUUUAUUGUGCACGGCCUGUACAAAAUUUUUUGCAGAAUCUUCCCUUCGUUAGAGUUUUUUAGCUUUCUAAUUCUUUAUUGUUGUAAUUGACAGAUGAUGUACAAUUAUUUUAGUUUUAAAUGGAAAAAGAAACAUUCA